UACCAUCUUCCAAAAUUACACCGAUUUGGGGCUCUAUUCAAACAAUGAAAAAUCACUUCAUCAAUGUUGGAAACCGGCUAUCAAAAAGAAGAUCACGAAUUUUGAUCCCUAGAAUAUUGCUUUUAAUCUUAGGAGGUUUAGUGCUUUGCUGGUUGGUUCAAAAGAUUUACCAAUGGCGACAGGAUUCCAUAGUUUCGUCACGAAUGGUCUACAGGAUUGAUCACCUGAACAGGAUGUGCGAGCAAUCUAAAAUGUCUACCGCCGGAAACACUAUGCCAAGCAACUACGUUGGUAGUUUGAAAUACGGUACGGCUUGGUGCGGCGGAUUCAGUUCUCUUUCUAACAGCUGGUUACACCGCUGGAACACUGGAUGUCUUCGAACUAAUGAAAAAUGUGCACGAACGAACGAUGGUAGUUUGCCGGCAGAACAAAUUACGCGGUUUGUGAUUCUGGCACAGCAUCCCUUUGGGAGGUUAGUUGACAUUUUCGAGAACCAUAUCCAUCAGGCAGAUGAGCGAUCGGAUUUGUUUGUAACCAGGAUGACGAUUUCGUACAAAUAUCGAAAGGGAAACUUCAUGCCCAAGCUGACAUUCCAGGAAUACAUCAAUUACAUCGUGGAACGCUCUCAACAGGCUCCAGUAAAUGUAGAAUAUUUCUUUCAACCGAUACAUACCGUCUGCAGCCCAUGUCAGUAUCGUUUCAAUGCAAUCGUUGACGCCAGCUCCUAUUACUACGAAGAAUCCUACGUGUUUCGGCACUUCAACCUAUCAAAUGUAAUGCGUCCGUACCGUUGGCUUCCGCUGAUCACCGAACACCAGAUCGCACAGCGUUUCGCAAACAUCUCGAGCAAACAGAGAAAAGCACUAUACAAUUUCUACCGAAAAGAUUUCGAACUGUUUGGAUAUGAUGUUGACAAAUACAUUUGAUUUGUGCAUUUAUAAAUAUUGUUCCACUUCAAGACCACGGAAAUAGCAAACUAUA